AGACAAAGAAAAAGAGAGAGAAAAAAAGAAGCAUAAAGUAAUGAGUGAGAUCAAGAAAGAAAAUGGAGAAGUAAAGAUUUUGCUGAAGAGUGGGAAGGAGAAACCAAAAACAAAUGUAGAAGACUUACAAAUUAAAAAGGUAAAGAAAAAAAAGAAAAAGAAACACAAAGAGAAUGAGAAACGGAAGCGUCCGAAAAUGUACAGCAAGUCCAUUCAGACCAUCUGCUCAGGGCUGCUGUCCGAUGUCGGAGAGGAAGCAGCCGAAUGCGGCCUGGGCGAUCACGGGAAGGAUUAUGGGGCCAAGAACUCCGACGCCAAGCGCUGCGACCCCAGGGUUCCGGAGAACAGCGAGUUCCCGUUCGUCUCGCUGAAGGAGCCCCGCGUGGAGAAGACGCUCCAGAGGCUGGACACGCUGGAGUUCAGGCAGCUUAUCCAUGUCGAGCACCAGCCCAACGGGGGCGCCUCCGUGGUCCACGCCUACAGCAGCGAGCUGUCCCACCUCUCUCCCGGGGAGAUGCAGAGGUUCGCGGAGGAGUUUGUGGGCCUGGUGUUCAGCGAGAACGAGAGCUCGGCAGCUUUCUAUGUGAUGGGGAUUGUUCACGGGGCGGCCACUUACCUGCCUGACCUUCUGGACUACUUUUCAUUUAACUUUCCCAACUCACCAGUGAAAAUGGAGAUCAUGGGAAAGAAAGAUAUAGAGACGACGACUAUGUCCAAUUUUCAUGCUCAGGUAAAAAGAACAUACUCACACGGUACUUACAGAGCUGGCCCAAUGCGACAAAUAAGCUUGGUGGGAGCAGUUGAUGAAGAAGUGGGCGAUUACUUCCCCGAGUUCCUCGACAUGUUGGAAGAGUCACCAUUUUUAAAAUGUACACUGCCGUGGGGGACGCUCUCCAGUCUCAAAUUGGAGAGUCGCAAAGAUAGCGACGAUGGCCCCAUCAUGUGGGUGCGCCCCGGAGAGCAGAUGAUCCCCGUGGCUGAUAUGCCAAAGUCACCUUUCAAAAGGAAACGAACUACCAAUGAAAUAAAAAACCUCCAGUACCUACCUCGAACCAGUGAGCCUCGUGAGAUGCUCUUUGAAGACAGGACACGAGCCCACGCAGAUCACAUCGGCCAAGGCUUCGAGCGGCAGACCACGGCCGCCGUGGGAGUGCUGAAGGCUGUGCACUGCGGAGAGUGGUUUUUUUUUUUUAGGCCUAAUCAACCCCGAAUAACCAAAGAUGUAAUUUGUUUUCAUGCUGAAGAUUUCUUAGAAAUAGUUCAACGGAUGCAGUUGGAUUUGCAUGAACCUCCACUAUCCCAGUGUGUCCAGUGGGUUGAUGAUGCAAAACUUAAUCAACUGAGGAGGGAAGGCAUCCGCUAUGCCAGGAUUCAGCUGUAUGAUAACGACAUUUACUUUAUUCCAAGGAAUGUUGUUCACCAGUUCAAGACAGUGUCUGCUGUAUGCAGUUUAGCAUGGCACAUUCGACUCAAGUUGUAUCACUCAGAGGAGGAUGUUACUCAGAGCACAGCCACUCACGAAACAGGCGCAUUGCCGGAUUCCACGUCGGUCAUUCUUGCACCUCAAAAGGACAGUGUGAUAUGUGCUGUAAGGAAAACCUCCUUGGAUUCCGUGUUUUCAGACAAACUUCAUUCUAAAUACGAAUUACAGCAGAUUAAACAUGAACCUAAUGCAUCUGUAAGGAUCAAGGACGAACCUGUGAAUAUUAAUAUUCCUGAAAAGACUAGAGCAUCGAACAAUAUGGAUGAGAAGAAUAGUAAAGCAAAAUUGGAUCAUGCUCAGUUUACAGAAUUCAAGAUUGACAUGGAUUCUAACUUUGAAAAUAACAACAAAGAACUAAAGGAAGAAUUGUGUCCUGGAAGUCUUAUAAGUCUAGUUGAUACAAGGCAGCAUAGUUCAGUACACUCAAAUCAAGAUAGAAAAGAUGAUGACAUUUUGUGCUAAAUUUGUACAGAGCAUUUAAAAUUCUUUUUUUAAAAAAAUUAAUAAUGUAAUAAAGAUUCAUGAAUUCUGAAAGCAAGCAAAGGACUUGCUCUCGAGUCUGUUACAAAAUAUAGAUUAUGUAGCUUUGUAACAUUCCUCAGUGCCUGUCCAUAACUGUGAAGUAUCAAGCACUUAGGGCCAGACGCACUGUAAACACUGUAGGUUUAAACAUAAAGGAGUCUUCAAAAAAAUCAUUUGAGUUGGAGUUGUAGGUUUUAAAAUCAAGUGGACGUUAACACGCGCGCGCACGCGCGCGCGCACACACACACACACACACACACACACACACACACACACAUAUCUAUAUUUUGUAAUAUGAGCCAGAAUUUUUUUGACAGUUUAAGGGUUUUCCAUAGAGCUUAUUUAUACCAUUUUUUUCAUUUUAAAUGUGUCAGCACUGUAGUGUAAAUAGCUUUAAAACAUCUUUUUAGUGUGAUUUAUAUUGCAAUGUGAGCCACUUAAUAAAGGUUCAUCAUAAUAAAAUGUUUUCUGUUCAGUCUGCAAAGACAAACUGACAAUUCAAUUAAAUUGUUUGUUGGGUACAUUAUGUUUCUCUAUGCUGGUAAAUCUAUUUAGAGUGGUAAGGAGUGCAAAAAUGUAUGUGUUCAAGUCUAGUAAAUAUUUAAAUUCUCCACACUGUGCAAGCAUUUUCAAAAAAUGAAGAUACAGUUAUGAAAGUGUGUGUGUGUAUGUGUGAAUGUAUAUAUGUAGAUCCUAUUUUGCACAGUUUCUUAAAUUGCUGAAUAAGAUGAAUAUGUGAAACUUCUUAGCCCUACUUCCUAGAAUACAUUUU